AUGCAAAAUCAGUAUCAAUCAAUCAUUCGGCGGAGUAUGAUGGAAAAAAUUGAGCUGUUCAGAGGUCCGAACGCAGUCAGAAAAAUUAAGCAAUUAAAUUUAGAUGACAUACUUAUUGAUCAAUGGAUCCAAAACAUGAAAGUUACCUGCUACAUCCUAUAUGUCAGCGGAGAACCAGCAUCGUUCGUUCUAUUAUCAAAAUGCGACUUUGAUCCACUAGGACAUCAUGAUGCACCGAGAGUAUUAGAUUACAUUUAUACAUUACCAAAGUAUCGGAGAAAAGGAUACGCAUACAAACUUAUGGAACAUGUAAAGAAAAAUAACCAAUUCACAGCAUUCUGCUCCAACGAUGAAUCUGAACGACUUUUUCUAAAAUGUAAAUGUAUUAAUCACGGAUUAAUGAAUUAUAAUGUAAUGUUUCGACAUCCGUAA